UUCCCUCCCGCCCCGGGGGAGGACUCCUUCCGCCGGGCAAGAUGGCGGCGGGCAGCGGCGGCCCCGCGGCGCGGGAGCUGUUCGCGGAGGGGCUGCUGCAGUUCCUGCGCCCGGCGGUGCGGCAGCUCGACGGGCACGUCCACGCCGUCAGGGAGAGCCAGGUGGAGCUGCGGGAGCACAUCGACAGCCUGGCCACCGAGCUCUGCCGCAUCAAUGAGGACCAGAAGGUGGCCCUGGACCUCGACCCCUACGUGAAGAAGCUGCUGAACGCCCGGCGCAGGGUGGUGCUGGUCAACAACAUCCUGCAGAAUGCACAGGAACGGCUGCGGAGGCUGAACCACAGCGUGGCCAAGGAGACAGUGCGGAGGAGAGCCAUGCUGGAGGCGGCCGGGGGCUACCCCCAGGGGCUACCGGGCAAGUGAGGGGCUGCCGCCAGCGCCGGGAGCUGGGCUGGGCCAUGAGGAGCCCAAAAGGACAGCGAUGGGAAGGGGCCAGGAGGGGAGCAGGUACCCCCUGGUUGUGGCAUGGGAGGGAGCGAGGUGUCCUCCCCAAUGAGGACCAGGGGAGACCCCAAGUUGGAUUCCCAGAGCUGGAGGUGCUGGAAUAAAGGUGUUGCUGAUGGGCUGGUGCCUAUUUUCUGGCCCUUUUCCA